CCAAGAAGCCCCACCAGAUCGGUACGGCGCGACCGACUUUGGCCCGUGACGACGAACGAACGUCCGUCGGCCACUGUGACCGCGACCGCUGCCUGCCGGCCCCGACGACCGCGCUGGAACUGCGGCGCAAUUGCCAGCCGGAUGCGACGAUGCCUUGGUGGCUCCGUUCCGUCAUCAUCAUGAUCCCGUUCCCGUCGUGACAGUCUUCGGCUCCGGAUUCGGAUGAUGAAGACAACACUUGGCCUACCAGUACCUUCGCUUUCAGCCCUUUUCGCAGGUGCAGGAGGUCGAAUCCUGAGAUAUGGCGGCCUACCUUUUAUCUCGGGCUCGGGAGCAGGACGGCGACCGGUGAUCGCAACACCAGCAGCCCGGCCCGGGGCAGCAGCAGUAGCAGCAGCACCGUUCACCACCACCGCUCCAUCAUGGCUCAAACCGUGGCAAAUGCCUCCCCGCCCUAAACUCCCCGAGGACGAGUUGGAAGAGGUUUACCUCAAGGGUAGUGGUCCCGGUGGACAAAAGAUUAACAAAACCAACAGCGCCGUCCAACUCCGGCACAUCCCCACCAACAUCGUCAUCAAAUGCCAAGAAACGCGCUCACGGACACAAAACCGCAAGCUGGCUCGGGAGAUCCUCGCCGCCAAGGUGGACCUGUUCCUCAACGGGGACAAGAGUCGCGUAGCGAUCGUGGGCAACGUCAAGAAGAAGAAAGCGGAUAGCAAGGCGAAGAAGGCGAGAAGGAAAUACAAGAAGUUGGAGGAGAAGAAGGCCGGCAAGGCUGGUGGACAGCAGCUAGUGGAGGGGGAAGAGGGCGCAGAAGGGGAAGAGGGGGAAGAAGGGGAAGAGGGUGAAGCUGAGGGAGAAGAGGUGGAGGAGGGAUAUGAAGAUGAGGUACAAGAGGGAGAAGAGGCUGAGAAGGGAAAAGAGGCUGAGAAGCGCGGAGGAAACGCGGAUGGCGCUAGACAGUGAGGAUACCCAUGGUGUUAGCAAAUAGACGAAAGAUCGAAGCCA